GCGGCGCUACUCAAUUGUCGCGAACAAAGGGACAGUUUGCAGCGCAAAGCCAAUCACAGCCAGCCCAGCACCAUCGUCCGAACCCAACCCCAUCACGCUCCUUUGCUAUGCCCUUGCAUCGCCCAUAAUGUCUGGCUUCAUAUCGCUAAUAGGGUGGACGUUUCUCCCUGACCUGGUCACCAAUUGGGUGCAGGCCAUCUACUACGGCGUCGUCAUCCGCGCCGGCGACCCCAAGCCCCAGCCGGGCACGCGGCGCUACGCCGAGCACCGCCGCCGCAUCCACAUCCUCGUCGUGUCGGCCUACCUGCUCUACACCAUCUACGACGCCCACCUCGAGAUCCGCCAGGCCGGCUCCUUCUACUCGGACCUGGGCCUGACCCCGGCCGCCACCGAGCGCGAGGUCAAGUCCCGCUUCCGCCGUCUGGCCGCCCUCUACCACCCGGACAAGGUCGGCAGCGGGGCCUCCUCCCCGCAAGAUGACGCAAACAUCUUCUUCAUGCGCCUCAAGGUCGCCUCCGAGACCCUGACGGACCCGGCCCGUCGCUUCGCCUACGACCGCUUCGGCCCCGAGGUCGUGGCCUGGAGCCGCUGCGUCACCAUGCGCGACUACGUCUCGCACGGCCUGUCGGCGCUGCUGCCAUACUACGGCGCCGCCGCCUUCUUCAUGUACCUGCUGGGCUACCUUGGCUACCUCAACUACGGCCACGCCUGGCGCUGGAUCACCUUUUUCGCCGUCGUCGUCUUCGAGGUGCACGUCGUCACGCGCCCGCACCACCCCGUCCUCUUCGACCGCGUCGUCAACCCGCUCAUGGCCUGGUUCGAAGGCUUUGGUGGCAGUGCCGCCGCCACCGCCACCGCUGCGGGGGCAGCAGGUGGGAGGAGAGCGGCGGCGGCGGCGGCGGCAUCAGCGCCGUUCGCCUACCUCCCCUUCCAGGCCGUGCAGCUGGCUCGCAAGCUGAGCCUGACGGUGUACGUGGCCAUGUCGCAGAUCGGGCCGAUGCUGGGCGCCGACACGAGCAGCGGCCGCCUUGUGGUAGCCGACGACGACGAGGCCGACGCCGCCAAGCAGCGCGCCCAGCUCGAGCAAGCCCUCGACCGGCUCGAGAAGACGGGCGCCGGGCUGGACCAGGACGCCGGGUCGCUGUUCAACAUGGAGCUAGCCCCCUUCGCGAGUGACAAGGAGGCCGUGGACGCCAUCGCGGCCAAGGUGAAGGAGUGGCUGGUCCAGAACACCAUCGUCUCGGACGUCAUGGUGCGCGACGCCCUGGGCAAGGUGCUCCGGAGGAAGAGGGCCGAGGCGCCGUUCAGGGCGAAGGGGAACAGGUAGGGGAGGGAUGUGUACCAUGUGAUACAUUGGGAUUAGAACUACUGCUCUUUGAUACCCUAGAAGCGUCGGGGCUCGUCACGAUUUGAUAAAUUUACAACAUGGUGGUGGUUAGAGUUUGAGAUUCUGCAUAGAUCUCUUGCGAGUACACCAGAGCAAUGCUAUUUUUACAUCUUGAUAACCCAUUAAUGCUAUUCCGGGAC